AUGCGUGUCUCACAUCAAUGUUGGAAAUGGCUGCGACGGUUUUAUGGGACUGUACCGCCUGAAGAAGUCAAUCUUGUAGAAAUAGGUCAGAAAUGGAAAUCCAAGGUCUUGAGAGGUCCAACAGUACAAAAUGUCACUGAAAAGAAGAAAAAAUACAUUUUGUCUAUGUUUCCAUAUCCUUCAGGAUCACUUCAUAUCGGCCAUUUAAGAGUAUACACCAUUACGGACGCUUUGAAUCGAUUUUACAAAUUGAAUGGAUAUCAAGUUUUGCAUCCGAUGGGAUGGGAUGCUUUUGGACUACCAGCCGAAAAUGCAGCCAUCGAACGCCAAAUAGGUCCCGCUUCAUGGACCCAACAGAACAUCGCUAAAAUGAAGCAACAGCUGAAUUCAAUGCUGGCCAAUUUCGAUUGGGAUCGCGAAGUAACCACUUGCAGUCCUGAUUACUAUAAAUUCACACAAAAGAUCUUUUUAGAGCUUCAUAAGCACGGUUUGGCCUACCAAAAAGAUGCAGAGAUCAAUUGGGAUCCUGUAGAUCAGACUGUUUUGGCAAACGAGCAAGUAGACUCCCAAGGAAGAUCGUGGAGAUCGGGCGCGGUAGUAGAAAAGCGAAAGUUGAAGCAAUGGUUCUUGGGUAUAACUAAAUUUGCACACAGCUUACAGAAGGAUCUACAAUUACUCGAUGAGUGGCCUCAAAAUGUCAAAACAAUGCAGAAAAACUGGAUCGGAGAGUCCUAUGGAACCGAGGUUAAAUUUCCAUUGUCCCAGAAAGAUUCUGGUCAAAUAACGGUUUUCACGACAAGAGUAGAAACUGUAUUCAGUGUACAGUACAUCGCAUUAGCCACAAAACAUCCAUUGGUGGAGAAGGCAGCACUUUCUGAUCCAGGACUGAAAAAUUUCUUGAAACAUGCAGAGUCCUUACCGGAAGACUCUAAAGAGGGUUAUCUUCUGAACAGCAUUCACGCACAACAUCCACUCCUAUCUGCUUCUAAAAAAGAGGUGCCAGUCUUUGUGGCACCCUACGUACUUAGCACUUACGGUCAUGGUGCUGUUAUGGGGUGUCCUGCUCAUGACCAGCGCGAUUUCACAUUUUGGAAGCAUAACAUGCCCAAAAUCGAGAUGAGACCCACUGUCGUACCAAAAAAUGACAGUCCUGCAGCUCUGAGGGAACUUCCUUAUGUGGGUAAAUCAGGCGUUAUAAAUUGCCCCGGUUCCGACUUCGACGGCAUGGACACGCAGGUUGCUUCACAAGCCAUAGCCACAGCGCUAGAACAGAAAGGAAUGGGAAAGGCGACUGUGACUUACAAGCUGAGAGAUUGGCUGAUAAGUCGCCAAAGAUUUUGGGGUGCCCCAAUCCCAAUCAUUCAUUGUGACGAUUGUGGAUCCGUUCCUGUCCCGGAACAAGACCUACCGGUAAGGCUACCAGCGGUUGGUAGUUUGGCAGGCAAGGGUAGCUCAUUGAAAACUAUGCAUGAGUUCGUGAACACGACUUGUCCUUCUUGUGGCUCCCCUGCCAAGAGAGAAACUGACACUAUGGACACUUUUAUGGACAGUUCUUGGUAUUUUUUCCGCUACACUGAUCCCAAAAACACAGAAAAACCCUUUGGCUUUGAUGUUGCAUCAAAAAAUCUCCCUGUUGAUCUUUAUAUUGGAGGAAUCGAGCACGCAAUUCUGCAUUUGCUUUACUCGCGGUUCAUUUCCAAAUUCUUGGCUUCUGUUGGAAAGUGGGGUGACAAGUUAGGAAAUGGCGAGCCAUUCAAGAAACUUGUUACUCAAGGUAUGGUACACGGGAGAACAUUAAUCGAUCCUGAAACUGGGCGUUUUUUGAAAUCAGAUGAGGUUACAUCAAUUGAGGGCGAUGACCUCAUUAUCAAGGCAACGGGACAGAAACCAUCAGUUGCCUACGAGAAGAUGUCAAAAUCCAAGUACAACGGUGCCGAUCCUGACCUGUGCAUACAAACACAUGGUGCUGACGCAACACGGGCUCAUAUCCUUUUUCAAGCUCCAAUUAGCGAGAUUUUGAGUUGGGACGAAGCUAAGAUUGUUGGUGUCGAGCGCUGGCUACACAAAGUGAUUAAGCUCACUCGUAAAAGUGCUAUAAAAGAUUCGGCGGUCAACGAUAUGAAAGCACCAACUGCGAGCGACCACGAGAUUUGUUUUUUCAAUGAUGUUCAAAAGCUUCUAAAAAGUAUAACGUUUUCUUUCACAGAGUCUUUGUCACUGAAUACCGUUGUAUCUGACUACAUGAAACUUACGAACCUGAUUGAGAAUGCCCACCACUCUAAGCUUAUCAAUUCGACACUAUUGACCAAAUCACUGAAAAUCUUAAUAACGUCGAUGUACCCCAUAACACCGACAGUAGCCGAGGAGGCUUUUUCCAUUCUUUCUGGGAGCAAAAGCAAUGGAUGGAAUCUAUAUGUCUGGCCGGAGGCGGAAGCUAUAAAAGAGUCCGAGCUUGUGAACUAUCAAGUUGUUAUUAAUGGUAAGAUGCGCUUCACUCAUAACGCGGCCACUUCUUUCAUCAACGACAAAGAUUCAGCAAUAAAGACCCUACUUUCUUCAAAGGACGGUCAGAAAUACCUAUCCGGGAAAUCUAUCAAAAGAGUCAUUAUGAGAAACAAGGUAAUAAGUUUUGUUGUCAACUAG